AUGGCGGAUGGAAAUAUGAAGAAUUUAUGUAAUGAUAUGGUAAUUAACAUAUUUUUGCGAAUUCCAGUGAAAUCUCUCAUACGAUUCAAAUGCAUUUCCAAAAUUUUGUACGAUCUCAUACAAUCAUCUGUCUUCAUUAAUCUUCAAAGCAACCGCACCAUCAUAAAAGAUGAACUAAUUCUUUUGAAACGUUCCAUUAAAGUAGCACCAAGAGAAUAUAAUAAUGUCUUGUCUUUCCUUUCCAGUCAUGAUGAUAAUAUUAAUGAUCUAAAGCCUGUUUAUCCAGAUCUAUAUAUACCGCGUUUAACUUCCAGGCAUGGUCAUCUUUGUUAUGAAACUGUUGGUCCUUGUAAUGGUUUGGUUGCUUUAACAGAUUUCGAUGCCAUUGUCCUAUUUAAUCCUGCCACAAGAAAUUACAGGGCACUUCCACCGAGCCCUUUUAAAUGUAAAGUACGUUUUCAUCGUUCCAUGAAUGGUGGUCUUGGAUUUGGCUAUGACUGGAUAGCUAAUGACUACAAGUUUGUUAAGAUUUCAGAAAUUUUCAGAGAUCCUCCUCAAUGGCAUCCGAACGAGGACAGGGAGAAAACAGUUGAAAUUUAUGAUUUAAACAUAGGUUCAUGGAGAGUAUUCAAUUAUGAUACUGAAGAGUUCCCCGGUGUUCAUUGGUUCCCUUGUUUCGAGAUACUUUAUAAGGGAGCCUAUCAUUGGUGUGCAUAUGCUGAAACAAAGAUAAUUCUUUGUUUCGAUAUGACUACUGAAAUUUUUCGCCCUAUUAAGAUGCCACAUACUUGUCACUCCUAUGACGCAAAACGUUAUAGUCUUGUAGUUCUUAAUGAGUCCUUAACAUUGAUUUGUUAUGCUGGUAAACAGACAGAGCCUGAUCCGAUUAGAGAUUUGACAGAUAUUUGGAUGAUGAAAGAGUAUGGUGUAUAUGAAUCUUGGAUUAAGAAAUACACAAUUAAGCCUCUUUAUAUUGAAGCACCAUUACUACUUUUGAAGGAUCAUUUGUUGCUUCUUCAAAGCACUAGUGGACUUGUUAUGUCCAAUGAUCUCACUUCAGAUAAAUUGGAGGAAGUCAAUUUAUUUAGUAGUGCUCAUAGUUUUAGAAUGAUCAUUUACAAGGAAUGCUUGACUCCAGUUCCAAAAGUGGAAGAGACAGUAGAAUACAACUCCAUGAUAUUGGAGAAGUUAUCACCUAGAUUUAUCGUAAAUCCCACUUUACCCGCUUAG